ACAGACAGCUGGGAGCUGUUUCACAUUCCCGCUGUGCCCGAGGUCUGGAAGCCUGUGAGGCUGUGAGCUCUGCUUGGAGCCAGUUUCUUUACUCAGGUGCAGGUAUAGCCACCAAUAUUUAUCCACAAGAGAAGGAUUGGGGCAAAGAACGAGCUGUUACUCCUCACCAUGGGUUUGCCUCUUGAUCAAGUGGAAGAAUUGCGUCUCUACCAGCAAACCCUUCUCCAGGACGGACUCAAAGACAUGUUGGACCACAAUAAGUUUCUGGACUGUGUCUUAAAAGUGAAAGGGAAGGAGUUUCCCUGCCACCGGCUGGUGCUGGCAGCCUGCAGCCCCUAUUUCCGGGCCAUGUUCCUCUCAGACAUGGAAGAGAGCAAGAAGAGGGAGGUCAGCUUGGAAGACGUCGAUCCCGAGGUCAUGGGCAAGAUCCUGCACUACAUCUACACCUCGGAGCUGGAGCUCACCGAGCAGAACGUGCAGGACAUCUUCUCCGUGGCCAACAUGUUCCAGAUCCCCUCCAUCUUCACCGUGUGCGUGUCCUUCCUGCAGAAGAGGCUCUGCCUCAGCAACUGCCUGGCCAUCUUCCGCCUGGGGCUGAUGCUGGAUUGUGCCAGGCUGGCCGUGGCCGCCCGGGAUUUCAUCUGCGACCGCUUCCCUCUGGUCUCCAGGGACGAGGAGUUCUACCAGCUCUCCCCCGACGAGCUGAUCGCCAUCAUCUCCAGCGACUCCCUCAACGUGGAGAAGGAGGAGAGCGUCUUCGAGGUGGUGAUGAGGUGGGUGGGCACCAAGGAGCGGGAGAGCAGGCAGAAGGCCUUGCCUGUCAUCUUUGAGAGCGUCCGCUUCCGCCUCAUGCCCCACGACUACAUCCAGGAGCACGUGGAGAAGCACAGCAUGGUCAAGUCCAGCCCCGAGCUGCUCAAGAAGCUGCAGAUGGUGAAGGACGCCCAGAAAGGCAAAUUCACUGUGGUGAAGAAGAAGAAAGUGAAGAAGAACAGUGAGAAUCAAGCGGAGAGUGUUGUCAAUGGAGCGGUAGAUGAAGGGGAGGACGCAGAGGAGGAUGCUCUGCCUGGGAUCUUGAAUGACACCAUGCGCUUUGGGAUGUUCCUGCAGGACCUCAUUUUCAUGGUGAGCGACAGCGGAGCGGUGGCCUACGACCCCAAUGCCAACGAGUGCUAUUUUGCCUCCCUGUCUACUCAAAUCCCAAAGAACCACGUCAGUCUGGUGACCAAAGAGAAUCAGAUCUUCAUUGUUGGAGGACUGUACUACAACGAGGACAGCAAAGAGGAUCCCAUGAGCUCCUACUUCCUACAGUACGACCAUCUGGACGCAGACUGGCUGGGGAUGCCCCCCCUGCCCUCCCCUCGCUGCCUCUUCGGCCUGGGGGAGGCAGAAAACUCGAUUUUUGUGGUUGGAGGCAAGGAACUGAAGGAGGGAGAGAAGACCUUGGACUCGGUGCUGUGCUACGACCGGCUGUCCUUCAAGUGGGGUGAGGCUGAUCCCCUUCCCUACGCAGUCUAUGGGCACGCAGUGGUGUCACACAAGGACCUUGUCUACGUCAUCGGGGGCAAAGGAGGUGACAAGAAGUGCCUGAAGAAGAUGUGUGUCUACAACCCAGCCAAGUUUGAGUGGAAGGAGAUGGCUCCCAUGAAAACUGCCCGCUCCCUGUUCGGAGCCACCGUGCACAGGGACAAGAUCUACGUGGCAGCUGGAGUGACUGACUCUGGUCUGACCAACACUGUGGAGGUCUAUGACAUUGCCACCAACAAGUGGGACACCUUCCCUGAGUUCCCCCAGGAGCGCAGCUCUGCCAGCCUGGUCAGCCUGUCUGGGGUGCUCUACCUGCUCGGGGGCUUCGCCACCGUGGAGACAGAGUCAGGGGAGCUGGUGCCAACGGAGCUCAACGACGUUUGGAGGUACGAUGAGGAGCAGAAGAAGUGGGAAGGGGUGCUCCGGGAGAUCCAGUACGCCUCCGGCGCCACCUUCCUCCCCGUGCGCCUCAACGUCCUGCGCCUGACAAAGAUGUAGGCUGGAGGGACUGGUCCUCUUUCCAGGGGCUGCUGGGGCAAGGAGGGGUGGGGAGAUGCUUAUCAGAGAUGUGGCAUCUGGACACUGCCCAGGACAUUGCAUCUGUGAUUGGAGCAUUUUUUUGGAUAAGCGGGAAAGAGGGGAGAGUAUCUGGAAAACCUCAGGUGCUCACAAGCUCCUUGCAAGGAGCUGGGGAAGACUGAGAAGCACAAAAAAAUUAUUUAUUCCAGUUUCAGGAGACAGGACAAAUAGAUCAUGCAUUUUUUUACUUCUUUCUCCAUGUUUUUCCCCAUCUUUUCAAGUGCUGGACCUCUCCAACAAACAGCAGAGGCAGAAAGUGGGGACUAAGAUGACAUUCCUCAGGGAAAGGCAUCUGCAAAGUAUUUCCCAACCUGAGGUGUCUGUGAGCACAGUGUUCCUUGGAGAGGAGAAGGAAGGGUUAAAGUCAAGUGGUACAGGAGAGACCUGAUAUAACUUGAUGAGUUCCUGAGUGGAGAAGGUUGUUGGGAUGAGGCAGUUAAAAGAAAAGAUGGUGUGAGCAGCAGAAGCACUUUGGAAGUUGUAAUGAAAAGCAAAUAUUCUUAGUUCUUUGCCUCCACUGUGACUUUAGAGAGAUGAGAAGACAGGAGCUGAGUCUCAGGAAGGGAGGAGUCAUGGAAGUUGUAGGGUGGGAAAGGGGGAGAUGCUCAGGGGAUGCCCUGUGUGGUCAUCUUCAGCCUUUUGGGCUCCUCAUCCUCAAUCACAGAUCACAAUGUCCUCACAAAUGCUGUUUUUUAGGGAAAGGUUUUAUAUUUUUGCUGUUUCUCUUAUUUUUAAUGUUCAGACUUUUUUUUUUUUUAAAGAUUAUUUUACAUUGCUAAGGAGAUCUCAGGUGUGUUUGGCUCAAAGAGAGCUUCUGACUGAGGAAAAAUGCGUAUUUAUUUUAAAGUUUUUAAUAAUGAUGUUUUGAUAGAGACACGACUGUACUGGCAGCAGGAAAAAAGAUCUCCUGAUGCCCACACCAUCUGACCAGUGGUUUAUUUAAAAAUAAAUGUGACUAUUCCAAAAGAAAUCCCCUGUGUUUGCACAUUGAUAGAGCUGAAGCUGAUCCUUCACAACCAAAGACAAAGACUGAGCACAAGUUGUGAUGGACACAUGCAGCAAAACAGCCCCAUGGAGAACCCCAUCUUUUCUUAUUUUCCUCCAUUUGAGAGCUGAAAUUUUAGGAUCUUUAUCAUUACAGCUCUUCCCUAUGGACACCACAACUAGGAGUUUACCCAGGACUAGAAGGAAGGUGGAUGCCUGACAGGGUGAGAGGAAACAGCCUCAGGUUGUGCCAGGGGAGGUUCAGAUUGGAUAUGAGGAUGAGUUUUUUCACAGAAAGCUUUGUAAAGCACUGGAAGAGGCAGUGGAGUUCCAGUGAUGGUAUCAUCAUCCCUGGAAUUGUUAAAAAAACACAUGGAUGUGGCACUUAGGGAGAUUGUUUAGUGGUGAACAUGGGGAUGAUGCUGGGCUGGUGGCUGGACUCAAUGAGAUUAAAGGUCUUUUGCAACCUUAACAAGUCUAUAAUUCUGUGAUGUCAUAGUGCUAUUAACAGGAGUGAUAAUCAAUAAUAAUUUAAAAGAAGAACAAAUACAAACCUUGCAAAAUAAUUGCCUCAAAGUGGUAGGAAAAUUCUGGUAUCACAAAUCAUAUCUGGCUGAUUCAUCUAGACCAAAAUGCAGUUGUGGAGAAACUAAAACAGGUUUGGAAGGAAAAAGAGUUCAAGUAAAGGAACCAGAAUCUUGUCCUGGUUUCAUUUGAAGGAUUUAGGAAGUUAGAGGAUAAGCUCCUUAGAGGACAAUCACAUAGGAAGAGCAAUGAAAUAUUUCAGAAGAAAAACAAAUCCAAGGUGACUGGCUGUCACAAAGUAGCUUAAAAAAAAAAAAAAAAAACAGGAACAAAAAUCUUUGAAACAAUCAAAUGUGUGAAAAAUGAACGGAAAAGAAAUAAACACCUUCUGCCUAGUUCUGCAGAAAUUCACAUAGACAAUUCCCAAGCUAAUUAAAGAUGAAUCUUCCAAAUAGCUGCUGGCAGAAAAGAAAAAUGAAAAAAUUAAGAAAAAAAUUAAAAAGUAAUCUCUGCAUAGAAUAACCAUUUUAAAAAGUCAUUUAUUGCAGUGCCAGGAUACCACCUCCUGCCUCCAGCAGCUCCAUCCCUGGGAGUGUUCAGGGAAUGAGGGGAGGCUGCACUCAGUGCUCUGCUCUGGUUGACCAGGUGGUGAUGGGUCAAAGGUUGACUCAAUGAUCUUGAAGGUAUUUUCCAGCCCUAAUGAUUCUGUGAUUCCUUUACUUCAGCUCUUCUUGCUGAAUGCAGGCUGGAAAGGUGUUGAUGAUCCCAAUAGAGGUUUAAUCCCCACUCACUUCCUGCCAUGUUUCUUGACUCUCCUGGAGGAAUUCUGGCCUUUUAGAAGCCAGCAGGAGAAAGUUGCUAACCUUCCAUGGUGAUGUGGUCCCAGAUAAAGGCUCAAGAUGUUCCAAAUGAACUGGAGUUUGGUGCUCAUAUAUAGUUCACACCUUUAUAAAGCUGUGGAGAAGCCAGCACUGGCACAGGGCAGGAAAUUAUAAAAGGAAAAAUAGCUGUUGUAUGAAAAGGCCCAGAAGAACUUGAAAUAUCCCAUUGUUUGAGCAACAAGAGGCAAAUCUCAGCACAGGUUGGUAUGAGGAAGGAGGCAGAGUUGGACAUCACCAAGUGAAGGUGUGGCCUGGGGAUGUUCCUCCACAUCUCCAAGGGGCUGUCUCAGUUUAAAAGCCAUCACAGACAAGAAAUGCCACCAGGAGUGCUCAGAGAGACAUCACUCCUGCCUGCUGCCUGGUGUUUUCCUGGCUUGGAUGCAUCAGCUUCAGUGGCACAGAUCCCCCUACAGAUAAUGGCAGUGGCAAAGACUACAUCCAAAGGCUGAGGGAAAACAGUCUCUUCUUCCAUUAUCUUCCCAAUAUCCAUGCUGGUAGUGUUGGUGAGGUUCCCCCUGCUCCAUUUUAAAUUAAUAAAGGCACUGGGUGCUUUUGGACGUGCUCCUUGGUUUCUCCACUGCCAAUACAGAACUCAGAGUUCACACUGACCUGACAGAAUCAGCAGGAUCAGGUGCUUGGUCCUUCCCCAGGGCUGUAGGCACCAAAUUCCUUCUUCUAUCCACUCAUCACCCUCCCUGAAAAGCUCUUUUUUUUGUUGGCCCCACAACAGGCAAGUUGUCUCACACACACGCACACACCUCCCACCAAACCCAAGACAGAGCCAAUACAUGCGAAGCAGUCAACAUUCCAUAGGAAGCUCACCCUCCCUGUCUCUGCUCACACA